AUGGAACGGCAUUCGGACGAGGAUACAAGAACAUCGACCGAUUCGUCCAGUUCAGACGCUGCAUCUAGGCGCAGGCUUCAAAAUCGCCUCAAUCAACAGGCUAGCCGGAGAAGAAAGGCAUUACAAGUUGCAAAGCAGGGAAGAGGACAAGAACAGCGCUGGGUCAUCUAUACUGAUGAAGCCAAUGCGCCCUCUGUGAAAAAUAUCACGGCUGUGGCAAAUUCAGCAUACCUUAUGAAGCCACCCCCAAUCCGCAACUAUGGCAAAGAUUUCUACUAUGAUUCCAAUCAAAGUACCCGCGUCAAAUGCUAUGCAGAUCUUCAAAAGAUGGUCGCCGAAGGAGCCGCCAACAAGGUGCAAUCGCCUGAACUUCUCCUACCCGUAGUCCAGUUCAACAUGAUGCGCGCGGCCUUUGAAAACGCUGCAAGCAUGGGCUUGACAUGGAAUAUUCUCAGUGAAGAUAUUGCUUCUUAUUUCAAUAUCGCUGGCCCUGUUACAUUACACCUGCCGCCAAGCUUGGAGCCGAGCGACAUGCAGAAGAGCAUUAUCCAUCACCCCUGGAUUGACCUAAUCCCAAUCUCAUCACUUCGCGACGCAAUUUUACGACAGGCAGAUAACUUCGACGAAGACCAACUUUGUGGUGACUUUUAUGGGAUAUGCGGUCCUUCUCCAGAGGUUGGGAUUCUAGUAUGGGGCGAGUCAUGGGAUCCAUCAGCAUACGAAGUUUCAGAACGAUGUUUGAACAAAUGGGUUGGGCUUUUCAAAGAUUGCCCGGAGCUUGUGAGAUCUACGAAUUAUUGGAGGAGGAAAAGAGGAGAGAAGCCACUGAGAUUACCGGAUCUAACAAAAUUUUGCGUUGAAGAACUCACGCAUUGA